CCGUGUGACUAUAAACUCUCGAACCACAUAGCUAAUGUCGAGAGGCGCUGCUGGAUCAAUCUUGCAGAUAUAGGCCAUGCAUUUGGCCAUCUCCUCGUUUGCGACGCUCCCGAGGUAAAGCUCCUCCGCAAGAAUGAUGUCGCCUGAAGCUCCAAUCAAUAUCUCAUUAUGUCCUCUCCCGCCAGAGUAGAUGUAGGAAACCUCGAGGAAGCGAUCUUCGUAAAGAGGCUUUCGAUAAGCCUGCAUAGCAAAAUCCGUCUCGACCAAAUGACUAUAGCCAUCUCCGAGGUCUACUCUCAAAUGUACAUUGAGCUGAUUCCAAGAAAGAGGGUGAUUAUCAAGGAAGGCGAUGAUCACGAUACUGACAAGAUGUACGUUGUUAAGUACGGCCAAUUUGAGUGCACAAAAGUGAUGAACGGUGCUGAGCGCAAGAUCAGUGUGAAAGGAACGGGUGAUUAUUUUGGCGAUUUAGCCAUGAUGUACACCACGCCACGAACUGCUACAAUCCGAGCAUUAGAGGAAUCCUGUGUGUGGGUGCUAGAGCGACAGACUAUCCGUAAAACCCUGAGAGAAAUAUCCACAGCAUCUACAGCAGAGAUUGUUACGUUUCUUGACAGUGUUCCGAUUCUGGCUACGUUAAGCCGUGGAGAGAAGCUUCGCCUUGCAGAUGGUGUGGAGGAGGUUUCUUUCAAGGCCGGGGACACUGUUAUCAAAGAAGGGGAAAAGGGAGAGCUCUUCUACAUAAUAAAGGAAGGGGAGGCAGUGGUGACAACAACAAAAGCUGGUCCGAGUGGCAAAUCAGGCGAAAGGAAGAUCAAUCACUUAUAUCGAAGCGACUAUUUUGGAGAGAGAGCACUUUUUACGGAAGAGCCACGAACGGCAACUGUGGUGGCAAUGGGAUCUAUCCCACUUGUAUGCUUAACUCUCAAGCGUGACGUGUUUGUUCAGCUACUAGGACCCUUACAAGAGCUGAUGGCGAGAGAGAAGAUUGAUCGGGAUUACAUCGAGCUGGGCGACAUCACAGCACACGCACCAGUCCAAGUAGUCAAUCUUAAGCUAGCAAACUUGAAAGAGAUCCAUAAGCUUGGUUCUGGAGCUUUCAGCACGGUAUGGCUCGUAGUUGACAAGACCAACAACAGGCAGUAUGCUCUCAAGAAAAUGAAAAAGGUAGAACUAAUGAGUUGUUCAGAGCAUGUUUUCUGCGAACAACAAAUCACGAGGAUGAUUGAUCAUCCAUUCAUGAUCCGACAAUAUGCCUCAUUUCAGGAUACUAAAUACCUUUUGGUAUCGGAGUGGACCUCUCAAUCAGAGGAUCCGCCCAAUCAAGUAGCCAGCUUGCUUGAUCUUUUGAUUGUUGAUUGAUUGAUUGAUUGAUUGGAUUGAUUGAUUGAUUGAUUGAUUAUUAGUAAAUCAAGUAGAACUUC